UCCUAGACAUUCUUAGUAGUCGUUUCGCCAUAAAUAUUAUUCACGAUAUUUUGAAAUACUUCUUUCUUUAUUUCAGAAUACUUAUUUGUCCAUGAAAAUCAAAAACUUAUUUUGAAAAUACAUUUUUUAUUUUUUUUGGACUCAAUUUUUUCUCUCACUUCAUAAAAAAAGUAUAUCCAAAGUCUAAAAUAUUUUUGAAAACACUAUGACCAAACACAACUCCAAUUUUAUUUUUAACUUCAAAAAUACCAAAUAAAGUGAAAACAUUUUUUAUUUUCAUGGCCAAACAAAUCCUAAGACUCCACAUUUUAUUCCGAGAUUAUUCUUCUUGUGAUCUUCCCGGUAAAGUUAUUGCCACGUGACCAGGAGGUCAUAGGUUCAAGCCUUUAAAAUAACCUUCGGCAAAAAUAUAUGAUCCCAAAAAUGAAGGUGUUAGUGGUUACCCGUAGUGGUAAAGAACUCAUCAAGGGUGGACUUCAACUUAACGAUUCUGCUACAGUUGCUGAUCUGCAGGAGGCAAUUCAUAAACGAACCAGAAAAUACUAUCCUUCUAGACAACGACUCACUCUGCCUGUCCAACCUGGCUCAAAAGAGAGGCCAACUGUUCUUCACUACCAGAAGAGCCUCAGUGAGUAUACUAAGGGGAGCACAAGCGAGUUAACGGUAGUUUUCAAGGAUCUGGGUCCACAAGUCAAGUAUAGUACACUUUUCUUCUUUGAGUAUCUGGGGCCUUUGCUACUCUAUCCUAUCUUUUACUACUUCCCAGUCUACAAGUAUUUUGGCUACAAAGAAGAGCGUGUUAUCCACCCUGUUCAGACUUAUGCCUUGUAUUACUGGUGUUUCCACUACUUCAAACGAAUCAUGGAAACCUUCUUUGUGCACCGCUUCAGCCACGCCACUUCUCCAAUUUCCAAUGUUUUCCGGAACUGUGCCUACUAUUGGUCUUUUGGAGCUUUCAUUGCUUACUUCGUGAAUCAUCCUCUUUAUACUCCUGUUAGCGAUCUCCAGAUGAAGAUUGGAUUUGGAUUUGGGAUAGUUUGUCAAGUUGCAAACUUCUAUUGCCAUUUAUUGUUGAGAAAUCUCCGAAGUCCCAGUGGUAAUGGAGGUUACCAAAUACCCCGUGGCUUCUUGUUCAAUAUUGUCACCUGUGCAAAUUACACAACAGAGAUCUACCAGUGGUUGGGCUUCAACAUUGCUACUCAGACUGUUGCAGGAUAUGUCUUCAUGGUUGUUGCUGCUGGCAUUAUGACUAACUGGGCCCUUGGAAAGCAUCGUCGUUUGAAGAAGCUCUUUGAUGGAAAGGAAGGAAGACCAAAGUAUCCUCGACGAUGGGUGAUUUUGCCUCCUUUCCUGUAGACCAUUUCCUCGACGAUGUGAGGAAGCCUGAGUAUUAUUUAUUUAGUCAACCAUUUUCUGUGAACCUGCAACUUUUGAAGGUUUAUGUUUCUCAUUAAAGGAUAUAAUACUUGAUCAGAUUUUUCUCUUGUAUUACUGUUCCAUGUCUUAGCUUCUUUUUAGACCAGAUGAUAUUUGUAGUUCAUUUCUUUGUGACAAGCUUCAAGAACCAUCAGUUGCAUUAAUAUAUUAUUUGUGAGUUA